AUGCCAUCUUUCCCCUCUCUUUCUCGUUCUCUUUGGUGGUGGUGUGGGAAGUUUUGUGUCGCUUUUGGAGACCGGCGAAGGGUAAGCACUGUGGGCGGAGACACAUGUGGCCAUCCUGAAUCUAGAAGAGAAUCGGAUGGAUACUGGAAGUGUUGAGAGUAGGGCAGCUACCGGAAGUACUCGAGUAUAUGGGCCAAACGAGGGGAAACUGGCCGAAAGGGGUCUUAUGGUGUUAGAGGUGGUGAAGGAGGCAUGGGGCGGGUUUGAUGAUACUCGUAGAGGCUAUGUAGUGCAGGAAGCUUAAGUGUGGGAUUGGUUAUUGGGAGAGGAAGGAGAGAGAGUUGACAAUUAUGAAAAACACACAAUUCCAUUACAAGCGUGAAACAGAA